AUGUUUUCAACCCAAAAAGCACUGGAUAUCACUCCUGCAUCCGAUAGUCUCGAGCCCCCGAAAGACAACGAUUACCCAGAAGGAGGUCUGCAAGCAUGGUCCGUCGUACUGGGAGCAUGGUGUGCGAUGGUCCCCUCGAUGGGGCUAUUAAACAGUCUGGGUAUUCUGCAUGCCUGGACAAGCACACACCAACUCAAAGACUAUUCCGAGUCGAGCACCGGUUGGAUAUUCGGUGCAUACGGCUUCUUCCUAUAUCUCGCAGGAGCCCAAGCUGGGCCGAUCUUCGACAUAUUUGGUCCAAAUUAUGUGAUCAUCCCAGGAUCUAUCGGUAUGGUCAUGUCCCUGGUGUGCUUUAGCUUUAGUGAAGAUCUUCCUAUCCUUCAGUGUCCUCGGGGGGUCUCUGCCUGCACGCUUUUCACACCAGCCGUAUCCGCUGUGGGACAUUGGUUCAAUAUCCGCCGCGGGUGGGCAACAGGUGUAGCGUGCACAGCAGGUGGCAUCGGGGGAGUUGUUUUUCCUUUGAUAAUCAUCUUUGCCGCUCCUAAGAUUGGAUUCAGCUGGGCAAUACGUAUUAUUGCGCUUUUGUGUGCGGUACUGUGUACAUUUGCUUGUAUUUUGCUGAAGACAAGACUGCCUCCAAACAAGAAAGCCGGCGCGUCGGUUGAUUUCCGCGCACUAAAGGAUAUCAAGUAUGCAUCUACGACCGUGGCUAUCUUUUUGGUUGAAUUCGCUGUUUUCAUCCCAAUCACCUAUAUUGCUUCCUAUGGAGCAUACGUUGGUGUAGAAGACACCAUGUCUUAUCUCCUGAUUCCGAUUUUGAAUAUUGGUGCUAUCCCAGGAAGGUUUUUGCCGGGACUAGUAGCUGAUCGAGUGGGUCGCUUUAACGUGAUGGUGUUGACAUCUUUGAUUUGCUCAAUCUUGACACUUGCAUUGUGGUUGAAAGCUGGCAGCAACUUGCCCGCUAUCAUAUGUUACGCUGUACUUUUUGGCUUUUGGAGUGGUGCCGCUAUCAGCCUGACUCCAGUGUGCAUCUCUCAAGUGUGCGCCACCGAGGAUUAUGGGAAGCGGAACGGGACAACAUUCACAAUUGUUAGUAUUGGCACGUUGGUAGGAAUUCCUAUUGCGGGGGCCAUUCAGGAAAGGAGUGGCGGCGAAUAUGGGGGCCUCAUAGGCUUUGGUGGUGUGCUUUAUCUGUCGGCCACGGUAGCAUUCAUUCUCGCUCGGGGCAUCUGUGAAGGGUGGUCCUUGAAGAUUAAGUUUUGA